AUGAAAGGGAACGGGAGGUGCUUGCGGCGCGCUUGGGCGGGAAAUCGAAUCGACGACGUUGUCGCGGCGACUGGUGGUCGUUUGACCACCGGCGAGCCCGGAUUUUCCUUCCUCCUUUUCCUGCCAUUUUCCACCCUUCGCCACUGCAGCAUCUCGCGCCCCAACGUCUCUUCUCUGACCUGCAUCGUCUCGGUCGUUGUCGUCGUUAUGAACAUUGUCAUCGUCAUCGUCAGCAUCGUCAGCAUCGUCAUUCUCGUCAUCAUCGUCACCACCGUCGUCACCACCGUCGUCACCAUCGUCGUCACCAUCGUCGUCACCAUCGUCGUCACCAUCGUCGUCACCAUCGUCGUCACCAUCGUCGUCACCAUCGUCGUCGCCAUCGUCAUCUCCAAGCCGCCUGCUCCUCUUCACCCUGCGACGCCGUCCCGUGCAUUGCCUGCCCCCGGUGCCUUCUCGUCGCCGUACGUCUCGUUUCGGCUCGUGCCCAUGCAGGCCCGAACGUGGAGCGGAGCGUCGUCGGCUGACGCUCAUCAGUAUUGCGAUGCUCGUUGCCGAGAGCGUGACCGGCCGUCUCACAAUCAGUUCUGUCGAGCCGAUCUCCACCUAUCCUACGCCGACAUCAUCGAUCAUGCCGGCGAAGAGGGAAGCGCCGACAUCGAGGCGGACGCGGGUCAUGACUGGUUCUGGAGCAAUCAUGCGGCGACGGAUGUGCUCCAGCUGGAAAAGAACGAGGGAAAGUAUUACAAUGGCGAUCUACAUUUGCUCCUGGCCGGAGACGCGGCACUGCGUCAUUUAAUCUACUCCGUCGUCAAGAUGCCCGAGACGGCCAGUCCGACGCUGUGUUUCUGCAUCAACGAACGAUCCUACACGCAGGUGGCCAGGACCCUCUACGCCCUGCAUCUGCUGUUCGACCAAAGCCACGACGCCGUACACAACGCUGAAACCCUCAUCCACCUCUGGUACUCCAGUCGUAUACCCCUGCGGCUGCACGACCGCGUCAACUCGGUCGUGAUGAAGUCGGUCCUCUACGAUAUCGAACGUUAUUGCGCCCGCGAGGGCAAAGAAGACACAGCCGAGAGGCAUAACCGUUAUCGAUUCACCUGGAGAGCCGAGAAUGUCCUCAUCCAAUCCGACCUGAAGCGCGACCAGUGGAGGGCAAUCAAGGACCUGCUGGAUCUGAAGCCGAUGCACCGUGAUUUCAACACCCUGCUGUUCAGGCAGCGCGAUGAUAAACUCCAUGCCGAGUCCCCGGUCCGGUUCAUCGCCCGAAUGACGCACUCGAGGGCCAUGGGCCGGUUGCGGUGGCGCGCAGACGGCAUCUUGCUUCCCUUUGGCCAUCCGCGCGAUGACUUCACCGUUUUGAAUCCACUAUUUUUCAGAUCCAGCCAAGGUGAUUCGCCCACGACAUGCGACGUCUACCCCCCUGGCGCCUCCCGGGAGCCGCUGGCCGAGUGGCCGAUGGAAUUGCUCGACUAUCCCGACCCGCUCACUCAAAAUGACGUAUACGGCAAGAUGUUUUACUGGCUGCGCGACCUCCUCGUCGCCUUCCAGAGCCGUGUCAAGGGGCUGUCGAUGACGGUGCGACUGUCCUGCGGAUCCCUCGAUCAAGUUCCCGACUGGCCCAAGUCACUCGGGUCGCCUCAGGGUGAGCAAAUGUUUGACCGGAUCGAGGUUGGACGGCUCUGGGACGACGAGGCCCUCGCGACGCUGGCCUCUUGCCGCCGACUUCUGCGCCAUCGAGAUGAGAAUCCGUUUGCUGCGCUGCUGACGCGAACCCGCAAAUCUGUUUCGCACGCCUUGGGCACCGUCCUUGCCGAUCUGGAAGGCGAGAAGCGGGACAUGCUCAGGCCGACAAACACCGUCUUGGACGAGCACGCACCGCCGGUGCCCGCCGAAGGCGAAGUGCUCUUCGGCGACUUGCUACGACGACACCUCGGCCUGCUCAUGUGGCGGAACUGGGACAAGUUCUCUUCAAGAUAUCUUCAACAGUCGGAUAUUUUUGGAUUCGACGGCCUCAUCGACGACGAUGAACCCGUGCGCAGCGUCGUCACCGAUGGCUUCGUUGGCAUCAAGGUCCGCCAAAAGCACCGAAUCACGAAGCGCUGGCCAAACCGCCUCGUCCAUAGCCGAAAGGAAUCACCCACCCUCCGAGACUUCAACCGCUGGCUCGGCUGGGCCGAAGUGGCCCCUGAGCGCUGGCUUGAGUGGACGCGGGUCGAGGACCUCUGCAGGAGCGGACAAGACGAACUUGUUUCUCUCAUCCGUUCCACCGAGCUGCGGAACAGGAUCAAGGUCGCCGCCGCCGCCGUCGCCGCCGACGACGAUGGCCCGAGCGCUCAAGCUGAUGGCAUCGCGGCGCUGGAAGAGGGCCUGCAAAAUAUGGCCGUGUCCGGGCUCGAAAUGAUUGAAUCGGAAUCGGAUACCAUCGGAACGAAGACGCCGUCCGAGGGCGGGAACGGCGAUGAAGAGGACGGCCCGACCGAAACCGAGGAUGACGAGGAGCAGGCCAGCGAAAGCAGCAACGGGGAGGGGGCGGAGGACUGGAAGAAGACGAACAAGAAGAAGAAGAAGAAGCAGAAGAAGAAGCGGAAUAAGAAUAAGAAGAAGCAACAGAAGAAAAGGUAA